AACGCCAAAGUCAGCAGGGCAACAAAGUCUUUGCUUCUUCUUCGAAACAAUCUACCCAACCUAAUGUUUCAAAGAUGUUCAAUGUUCGUCCAAACAGUGGACCUUCAGAAGUUGUACAUAAUGAUCCAAAUACGAAGAAGAAGAAAAAAACUAGAGGCCUGCCUGCUUCUUGGAACGAAUCUGCCCAGCCUAAUGUUUCAAAAAAGGUCAAGGCUCCUGCCAACGACAUACCUACAGGAGAAGAAAUUCUUAAUGAACUCGAGGUAGAAGAAGAUAGGAUGUUUUCUUCAUCUGAGAAUGAAAAUCCAAAUCAUCAAAAGAAGAACAACACAAGAGGCCCUACCAGAGGUUUGGAUACUGUCAAGUUGGCUGCUGCUAUGGGUAAGGAGAAGUUGCCUAUCAAGAUCGACGUUAUGCAAGGUCGACCAACUAACGGUGUCCAAUCUGCCAAGCUGUCUAGUGAGCUUGGUCUGAUAAGCCGAGAGUAUUUGGAUGAGAUCCCGAUUCGCUAGACCAGGGAGUUCAAGAAAAAUCAUUUAACAUCUGCGUAUGAUAGGCUUGGUGUAAGUAUUUUCAGUUUCUUAUUCUAUUAGCUUUAUGAUGUCACAUUACUGACAUUUUCUGUUCCAUUUUUUUUAUAACAGAUGCAACUAGAAGUGGAGGAUAUUGAAGAAGAGCCUGUUCAGGAUUCUAUUAAUGAGUUGUUACAAAGACAAUGCAAGCAACAACGUCACCGCCUUAAGCAAAUAUUUCUGAAUUGUCGAGAUGCAGAGGAAGCUCGAGCAAAGAAGCCUUCUGGAAUAAGCCAGGAGAAUUGGA